AGAUUUGCAAUAAAUGACUUUUUUUUUCAGCCAAGAUAUAUCCAGCCCAUAUUGCCUGAAAUUGAGUUGUUAAUUAGAACAUGGAUUUUCAAAUAUUCAGUAUAUAAUAAAAGAAGUACAUUUGGACAAGAUAUGCUUUCAUUGAAAUACAAGACUGAUUAUUUUUCAAAAAGUAAACUUUACUGGUAUUAUGGGUUCACUGUAGGAUUAAGAUAUUUAAAAGAGAGAGCAAUUUAUUCCUUCACAUCGAACACAAAUGUGCAAAAUAUUGUUCACAAACUGGAAACUUUCCAGUUAAUUGCAGAUAUUGUGAAUUUCUUAAGAUUUAUACAAAGUGGGAAGCAUCCAAUCCUUGUAGACUUUAUCCUGGGACUUGAGCUACAAGCAGAUCAAUUGACAAGGGAAGAUCUAACAGACUUCUCGUGGACCAGAGAGUUGUUGUGGCAUAAUUUCAUUGAAUUGAUUGGUACUGGAAUAUCACUCAUGAACAUAUUUGGUUUGAGAUCAAAAUUGUCAAGUGUUUUGAAAUAUGUAUGGUGGAGAAAACAUGUUCGGUCAAGUGGACAGUCUGGUACACCUCACAUGUCUCUGAGUACCAUUUGUGCUUGCUGCUCCAAUGCACCUGUGUUACCAUAUUCCAUGGGAUGUAGUCACAUAUUCUGCUAUUAUUGCUUGAAAGCUAAUAAAAUUGCAGAUCAAGAUUUUGCCUGCCCCAAAUGUUAUUACAAAGGAAAGGAAUUGACAAAAUUUAUCAUUUCAUGAUAAAUAUUCCAUGAAAUAAUGAAAUAGGAAAUGGUGCUAUAUAUUGUUUUUAUAGGUAUUUAUACUUGCAAUUCUGCAAUUAAUAAAGUGUUGAGAGGAUACUAAGGGAUCAGCCAUAAAUUACGCCAAAUGUUGAGAGUCGCUAAAUUAAUGUAAAUUCGAAAAUAAUUAAUUUUAUAUUUUGGUAACGUUAAAUUCUCGUUUUGCACGUUAAAGGUAAUCUUAUGUAAAGCAAGUACAAUAAUAAAUAUGCAAUGUAUAAAUCAUGUACAUAAUGACAGAAAACUUUCACAGGGCGCGGGUCUUCACGCACCUUACCGGUUUAUUGUAUAAUGUUACAAUCUCUAGUUUUAAUUUUUAUUUACUUGCCUAAAUAUUCGUCAUAAGUUUAAGCUAUUAAACUUGGAAGAAAUACCCGUCAUAGAUAAACCUUUUCUUUUUAUUUGGUCAUUAUGAUUUACUCCUAGCUUUUGCUCGCGGUCCCGCUUAUAUCGAUCUUUCGAGGAACAACAGCUUCUGAAUAACUGAUCAAAAGUAAAAUAAAGUAAACCCAGGACUUGAUUUAUUUGUACUUAUGCAAAAUGUUAUCCAAAUUCAUUUCUCGUGUGUAUUUUUGACAACAUGCGAAUAAUAAUAUUUUUUUAUAAGUAAGAUUAAAAUUUUGUACUAAAAUCAAAAUACUAUGUAUUAUACGGUAUAUUUAAGUUUUACAAUUGAACAUGUGAAAAUUUUAAAUUUUAGUGAUAAAAUUUUAUGGUGAUUAAAAUUGAUUACGGUCGGGAAUUGAUUCAAAUAUGCAAUUACUUAUGUUUGAAAUAGUAACAGUAUCUUUUAUAAUAAUGAGUUUAAGUGUACAGGGAAAAAUAAAAGAUAAAGUGGCAGUAACCAAAA